AUGAUAAAGAUAACCCUUUUUCAGGCAGUCCUAUACUCAUGUUGUGUACUUGUUGUAUUUUGCGUUGGUGACGCAGUUGAGGCAGUACAGUAUCAAGCCCACGACGAGGAUAGAACUCCCGAUCAUGAUACCUCAACAAAACAUGGAGUAGCUGCACACGAGCCCAGGUCUUCCACCAGCAAUGCUCCCCAUCCCCACGAGGGGAGCGGAUAUGAACAGUACAGAGGCUUCAUGAACAAGUUGGCUCAGUUCAAUGUUGAUGAAUACGUCGACCUGCCUAUGAUUGCUGUUAUGGGAGAUACUAGCAGCGGUAAAUCAAGUCUUCUUUCCAUGAUAUCCAUGGUGGAGCUUCCUAGCAAUGAUAAGUUGACCACUCGGUGUCCCAUCAGACUUCAAAUGCAUACAAAAGAAUCCAAAUCAGCAACCGUCAAGAUCAUUUGGAAAGAUAUUCCUGAAGGACCCGACUUCGAGUUUAUUCCGAGGAAAGUGACAGAGGCCAAUUGGGAUGAUCUUACAGGCUACAUCUUGGAUGCUCAAAAGCACAUUGUUGCGAAACGAAACAAGGAGGCUGCUCGCGAUGUUGUGAGUGUGGAAAUGACUUGUCCGCAUUGCGAGGACCUCACUUUGAUUGAUCUUCCGGGCAUCGUCCGGUCUCAUGGAAAGGGUGAGAGUGCCGGCCUAUCGCAAGACAUCGAGGCAUUGCUGUCCGACUACUUGACGAACCCGCGAUGUGUGAUUCUGGCCGUUCUGCCAGCCAACGUCGACUUUCAUAACUCACAGAUCAUGGCAGAAGCCUUGAAGGUUGAUCCUGACACGAAACGUACUAUACCGGUACUGACAAAACCUGACUUGAUUGAUUCUGGAGCCGAAGGCGGCGUAAAAGAGCUUCUUCUCGGCGAGAAGACUGAGCACUUCGAAAUUGGUUUUCACAUGGUGAAAGGUCGAGGACAAGAAGCGCUGAACAAGAAGACGACGAUCGAAGAAGGUCUGGCGCAAGAAGCGAGCUUUUUCUACAACAAGGAGCCAUGGCGUGGGAUUGAAGACAAGACCUUGUUUGGUACAACCGCUCUACGCGUGAAGCUCGGGAAACUUCAAAUGAAACUUAUCCGCCUUUCGUUUCAUAAUAUUGUAUCAGAAAUGAAAGAGAAGCGUGAUUCGGCGGUCUCCUCUCGGCAAGAACUUGGUGUGAUUCCUUCCAAUUUGACCGAGAAGAGAGCAUUGUUUAGGAAGGUCACGGAUGACUUCUGCAGGUCAAUUGGACCAUUGGUAUUUGGUGGUCAGCUCAUUGGGGGGGGGGGGAAGCAUUUUGGAAGUAAAACCCUCUGCCGAGUUUCAUUCGGCAUCGAAUCGGUUUCAGGAGACUCUUAG